AUGAAGCCCCAGGUUCUCCUACACAUCAUGCUCACAUAUGGGUUUGUGAUGCUUCUGCCUGUGCUGGGAGGCGUCAAGGACAAGACUUUUUUUCCAGUUGGAAGAAGAGCCACUGAGCAGUGCUGGGUACAGCCUCUGUUAAAGUAUUGUAAGAAGAGGUGCACUAAAUUACAGGAGUGUUUAUCUCCCAAUCAUACAUGUUGCUGGACCUUCUGUGGAAAUAUCUGCUUGGACAAUGAAGAACCUUUUAAAAGCAUGCUAAACCCCUAG